AUGAGUUGGAAAGAGUAUGUUGAUACGAGCCUUGUUGGAACAGGGAAAUUUGAUAAAGCAGCUAUAUGUUCUCGAGAAGGUAACAGUAUAUGGGCAUCUAGUCCCGGAUUUGAUUUGAAAUUAAAUGAAUUAAGUACUCUUGCAUCUGGAUUCGAUAAUCCUUCACAGGUCCAAGCAUCAGGCUUUUAUCUAUCGCAACAAAAAUAUGUAACAAUUCGUGCAGAGGAUCGAAGUAUAUAUGGUAAACAGGGAUGUGAAGGUGUUUACUGCGUACGAACACACAAAGUUAUCAUUAUUGGCCACUUUCCUAAAACAACGCAGGCUGGAGAAGCAGCUAAAAUUAUUGAAGCUCUUGCAGAUUAUCUUAUUAGUGCAGGAUUUUAA